AUGAAAUCCGUCAUUCUCAUACUCUCAGUUCUUGUGUUCUUGGCUCCACACUGGGUUGAUGCCAGAACGCACGUGAAGAUCACAAACUAUUUAUAUGGCAACUUGGAGCUGAGAGUUCAUUGCCGAUCCAAAGAUAAUGAUCUGGGGAAUCACCUUCUUCGUGCCGAGCAAAGUUUUGAGUUCAGUUUCAGCCCUAAUAUCUGGGGCACAACUCUGUUCUAUUGUAGCUUUAAAUGGGACGGUUCUUAUAAGUGGUUUGUUAUAUACGACGAUGGAAGGGAUGAAUAUAACUGCAAUGACGCUACCUGCAUUUGGCAGAUCACGCAGGACCGGCCAUGUCAGGUUAAUGCACCUGGCAACGGUCUGCUUUGCUAUCCCUGGGAUGGCGAAUAA